AUGUCGAAGAAGAGAAAGUACAGUGAAAAUUAUGUAGCUUUUGGUUUUACCUUUAUUACUGAUAGUGAUGGCAGCGAAAGGCCGCAAUGUUUUCUAUGUGGUAAAGUCCUUGCCAAUGCUCGAUUUGAGAAAUCAGGGACUUUGCCGAAGUUCGGAUUCAUCAAGACGCAGAAGCCUUGCCUUGAAGCAUCUUAUAAGGUCGCUUACCGCAUUGCCAAGGCAAAGAAAGCUCACACUAUCGGAGAGACAUUGAUAAAACCGUGUGCUCUGGAAAUGACUGAGCUAGUAUGUGGCACAGAACAAAGAAAGAAACUUGAAGCCGUUUCCUUGUCAAACGAUACCAUCAGCUCCAGAAUUAUUGACAUUUCUAAUAAUAUUCUGAAACAAGUAAUGGAGGAACUUAAAGCAUCACCAUUUCCAUUUAGCAUGCAACUGGAUGAAAGCACAGAUGUCUCUCAGUGUGCCCAGCUUCUUGUAUAUGUUCGUUAUAUGCACGCUGAUGCAAUUAAAGAAGAAUUCCUAUUUUGCGAGCCUCUCUCAGAAACUACAAAGGCUGCAGACGUAUUAGAGAUGGUGAACAAUUUCUUUGCCAAACAAGACUUCAAUUGGAAGAAAAAUAUUGGUAGUUUGUGUACCGACGGAGCGCCUGCAAUGCUUGGAAAAACCUCAGGGUUUGCUUCGUUGGUAAAGAAAGAAGCUCCUCACAUCAUUGUGACUCAUUGCUUUCUACAUCGACAUGCAUUGGCAUCAAAAACUCUAUCACCAGCUUUAAAAGAAAUUUUGUCUGUUUCUGUAAAGAUCGUCAACUUUGUCAGAGCUCGAGCUUUAAACAAUCGUAUAUUCAAAAGACUUUGCCAAGAAAUGGGUGCACAACAUGAAGUACUUUUGUACCACACUGAAGUUCGCUGGCUUUCGAGAGGUCAAGUUUUGAAGCGUUUGAUGGAACUGAGAAAGGAAGUUUCAUUCUUCUUACGAGAAAACAAAAUCCUCUAUCAGUGCAAUUUGACAGAAAGGAGUUUCUUUAUGGCUUAG